UGGUGUCCCCGGUUCCCGGGCGCCGGCGGAAGGCCGCGCUACUCUCCGGGCGGCGCGCUUCUCAGUGGUGCGCUGCGGUCCGGGCGGCCCAGCGCGGGGCCGGCUCUGCGCGCGGAUGAAUGGGCGCAGCCGCCGCGGCGCUCAGGGGCUGAAGGGCAUUAGGACCGUGCGGAGCUCUGCGCUCCUGUCGCUCUCUCUCUCACCCCCUCCUUUUUCUGCUCUGCAGGACUGAGCAGCCCGGCGCGAGCAAAAACAAACAGCUGGGGUGAAGAGCGCCCCCGGCCCGGCUCGGCCCGGAGAACACGCCGGCCCCCGCCGGGCGCCAGUCCGCGCGCCAUGAGGAAGAUCCGCGCCAACGCCAUCGCCAUCCUGACCGUAGCCUGGAUCCUAGGCACUUUCUACUACUUAUGGCAGGACAACCGAGCCCACGCAGCAUCCUCCGGGGGCCGGGGCGCGAAGAGAGCCGGAGGGCGGCCGGAGCAGCUCCGCGAGGACCGCACCAUCCCGCUCAUUGUGACAGGAACACCCUCAAAAGGCUUCGAUGAGAAGGCGUACCUGUCGGCCAAGCUGCUGAAGCCUGGAGAGGACCCCUACAGGCAGCACGCCUUCAACCAGCUGGAGAGUGACAAGCUAAGCCCCGAUCGACCCAUCCGGGACACCCGUCACUACAGUUGCCCAUCCCUGUCCUACUCCACGGACCUGCCAGCCACCAGUGUCAUCAUCACCUUCCACAAUGAGGCCCGCUCCACCCUGCUGCGCACAGUGAAGAGUGUCUUGAACCGGACUCCAACCAACUUGAUCCAGGAGAUCAUUUUAGUGGACGACUUCAGUUCAGAUCCUGAAGACUGCCUGCUCCUGACCAGGAUCCCCAAGGUCAAGUGCCUGCGCAAUGACCGGCGGGAGGGGCUGAUCCGGUCCCGAGUUCGCGGGGCAGACGUGGCAGCAGCCACCGUCCUCACGUUUCUGGACAGCCACUGUGAAGUGAACGUUGAGUGGCUGCAGCCCAUGCUGCAGCGGGUGAAGGAGGACCACACGCGUGUCGUGAGCCCUAUCAUUGACGUCAUCAGUCUGGAUAACUUUGCCUACCUGGCAGCCUCUGCUGACCUUCGAGGAGGGUUUGACUGGAGCCUGCACUUCAAGUGGGAGCAGAUCCCUCUGGAGCAGAAGAUGACCCGGACAGACCCCACCAAGCCCAUCAGGACGCCUGUCAUAGCCGGAGGGAUCUUUGUGAUCGACAAGGCCUGGUUUAACCACCUGGGGAAGUAUGAUGCGCAGAUGGACAUCUGGGGAGGAGAGAAUUUUGAGCUCUCCUUCCGGGUGUGGAUGUGCGGAGGGAGUUUGGAAAUCGUCCCCUGCAGCCGGGUGGGCCAUGUCUUCCGGAAGCGACACCCCUACAACUUCCCGGAGGGCAAUGCCCUCACCUACAUCAGGAAUACCAAGCGUACUGCGGAGGUGUGGAUGGAUGAGUACAAGCAGUACUACUACGAGGCCCGGCCCUCAGCUAUCGGGAAGGCCUUCGGCAGUGUGGCCACGAGGAUCGAGCAGAGGCAGAAGAUGGACUGCAAGUCCUUCCGCUGGUACCUGGAGAACGUCUACCCCGAGCUCACUGUCCCUGUGAAGGAAGCACUCCCUGGCAUCAUUAAGCAGGGAGUAAACUGCUUAGAAUCCCAGGGCCAGGACACAGCUGGAGACUUCCUGCUCGGAAUGGGGAUCUGUAGAGGCUCUGCCAAGAGCCCCCUGCCUGCCCAGGCAUGGCUGUUCAGUGACCAUCUCAUCCAGCAGCAGGGCAAAUGCCUGGCUGCCACCACCUCCACCUCCGCGUCCUCUCCAGGGUCCUCCCCAGUCGUCCUGCAGGUGUGCAACUCCAGAGAAGGUAAACAGAAGUGGAAGAGAAAAGGAUCUUUCAUCCAGCAUUCCAUUAGUGGCCUAUGCCUGGAGACGAAACCAGCCCAGCUGGUGACCAGCAAGUGUCAGGCUGACGCCCAGGCCCAGCAGUGGCAGCUGCUGCCGCACACAUGACAGUAGCCCUGGGACUCCUGUACCUUUUGCAUGAGACUUUGGGACCAGAAGGGGGUUAGGGUGGGACAGUGUCAAGUGGGCCGUUUCUGCCUCCUCCCAUUUCUGCCAGGAUCAUCAGCAGACAUCCCCGGGGUGCAUUUCUCCAAAGCUUGAGCUGGGGACGGGGCGGGGGGCGCCUUGCCGUGUCCUGGGAGAGGCGAUGGUCAGGUGCCAGGCUGUUGCUGGCAGGCUGGGCAGGCACCCUGUGUCCUCUCCCUUGGCCCUUCUGAGGUCUGAUGGUGGUGUGUGGAUCCUCCUCUUGUUGCAUGGGGAGAGCAAGGUCAGAAGCCUGCACAGUCACCCAGGAUCCUGGGGCCUGCCAUGGGGACAGCAGAAGAGAAAGUGGGUGGCAUUUCUGGAGAGGCUGAGGGCUGGGAAGAGAGAGAGGAAAAGAGGGGCUGCCUGCAGGGUGGGCAGCAUGAGGAAGGAGGUGAUCUCAGGUCUGUCCAAGAGAUGCCGAGCCUGGGGCUUGGCUGUGGCAGGAGUGGGGCAUCCUGGGGUAGAUGGAUGCAUCACAGACCAGGCCUCAGGACCCCACCCAUCCACCCUGGCCAGCCCUGUGCUGGGUAUGACACGCCCUCUCUCCUCUGUGGGUGUCCACAGGCUCUGCAGGAGGUUGCAGAGGGAUCUGGGAUAUCCUUUGUAAAUGGACUCCACUUCUGUUUGACCUUGUGUCCCCCAGGACCUCUCUCUUGGGCCUUAGUGGCCAGCUGGUGUCCUGUCUCCUCCACCUGAUACCCCUGGGAGGAUGGGCAGCCACCAUGCAUCUCCCCUGCAUCUUUGCCUCUGUAAAUACAGCAUCAUGGGUCAGGGCAGCCAGUAAGAAUAGGACCUCCCUUCUGAAUGGAACAUCCCCUGUGAGACAUGGUGACAGGCUGUCACCCAAGCGACACCUCAUCUUCAGCCCCUUCCACUGUGGGGAGAGACCUCCUUCACUGGUCAGCUGUCCCAGGGGGCUGGGAGGCUGGCUGGUGGCUUCUGUCUGGGGAGAGAAUUCCCAGAUCCUUCUCCCAGCCACAGAAAGCACCACUUCCACUCCUCCUGCAGCCCUGCUUGGGGUCCCUUCGGUGGUUCCCCCGACCCCAUCGUGCCCUGUGCCACUGGCUCAGGCAGUAUGAUGGUGGGGGAAAACUUGGUACCAGAACCCCUGAGGUCUCUGUCCCAGUGCAAAUCUCCCUGAUGUGGACACCUCUACCUAGUCUUUCAGGACAUCCAGAAGGUUUAGGGGUUUCUAGAAAUUGUCCCCACAGUAUUCCAUUAUGUGUGUGCACAUAGACAUCUUUCCUGGGGAGGGGCCCAUGGAGUCCCCCAGCUUCUUGAAGAGGUCCCCAGCCCUGCUAGGGUCUCAGUCUCUGCUAGGGAGUGGAGCCACCGUCUGUCUGAGCUGCCACCCCUAUAGUCCCUCCUGCUGUGCCAAAAUGGCCUCACCCUGCUCCCCUGUGGCCUUUGGGUGGGGAGUGCGUAUCUGGGGUCCACAGCAGCAGUCAUGGAGCCAUGUCCAGUGCACUCUUCCCUUCCUCUGCUGUGUAGUUUCACUGCCACCAUCCCGGGCCCCCUGGGCCCCCAGGAAGCCACCAGCCACAGCUGAGGACAGAGCCAGGGCCAGAGUGGAGACUGUGCCAUGGCCCCUGUCCUCGGCCAGCUCAGGCGCGGACU